AUGACGAAAGGAAAUAAAAGCCACAAGAGUUUCCGCACCAAGCAGAAGCUUGCCAAAGCCCAGAGACAGAACCGUCCUAUUCCCCAGUGGAUUCGUCUCAGGACCGGUAACACCAUCAGAUACAACGCCAAGCGGAGACACUGGCGCAAGACCCGUCUCGGAAUCUAA